UUGUUCGUAUUGUCAUUAGAGUGAGUCAUCUUAGCGAGUUCGGUGAAGGGAUAUGGAAAGAAAUACAGAACAGUUCCAAGGGAUAGUUGAAAUAAAUGUGUCUUGGGGAAGGGAUUCUAUAGAGUAUGCUGAGGUGGAAAGCAAACAAAGCUUCUGUCUGUGACUCACACGCAAAACGGGUCUAUUCUCCGUCAACUCUGUUUUGACAGAGAAAGUAGGUGUCCUGCUUACUUUUUUUUCUUGAAGUUGGCUCUUGUAGCACACCCGAAUAGGCUAGCAGUGGAGGAAAGAACAAUAGCUGAAGUUAUUCUCAAGGAGAGAAUUAUUUUGGAGUGGACAAAACAGCUUUACUUCUUGAGCGUCGGAGCUCAUAUCAUCUACAGAAAUCGUCCUCUUUCCUGGAUCAUGUACCAGGACUACUCCGUGAACUACGACACCUCGUCCCGCGGCAGCAGCACUUCUCCGGCCCAGCCAGAGUCAUUCACGAGCGGCAGCAGCACGAUCGGCAGUCCAAUCUCAACCUCAAGCUACCAGAAAUACCGGGCCGACAUGCCUGGCUCUAGCAGUGCCUUCAUCCCCACGAUUAACGCCAUAACGACCAGCCAGGACCUGCAGUGGAUGGUGCAGCCCACAGUGAUCACCUCCAUGUCCAACCCUUACUCACGCUCCCACCCCUACAGCCACCACCUCUCCAACAGCCCAGGGCUCCUGGGUCACACUGCCCUCGCCCGCCCGGGUGUCAUACGCUCUGUCGGGGACACCCGCGUACGACGAAGGAGAGAUGAGCAGCUUACCCCUGAGGAAGAGGAGAAGAGGAGGGUGAGGCGCGAGAGGAACAAAUUGGCAGCCGCCAAGUGCCGCAAUCGCAGACGAGAGCUCACCGAGAUGCUCCAAGGGGAGACUGAGGAACUGGAGGAAGAAAAGUCUGAUCUACAGAAAGAGAUAGAGACACUGCAGAAGGAGAAGGACAAGUUGGAGUUCAUUCUGGUGGCCCACAACCCCAUGUGCAAGCUGCCCCCCAACGAUCGCCACCAGAGGGGCCACCACCAGCAGCAGUGUGCCCCUCUCCCUCUGACCAUGCGCAACAGUCUGUGUCCCCGAGGCCCCAUCAACACCGUUGUGGUGAAGCAAGAACCUCAAGAAGACGACGUGGAAGGAAAGUCCCAGCGCUCUGUCAUUAAGCCUAUCUGUCUUGGGGGAGGUAGUGGGAUCUUCUGCGAUAGUGACAGCCUCAACACCCCGGUGGUGGCAGCCUCCACCCCAGCAUCCACACCCAGCGUCCCCAGCCUCAUAUUCACCUACCCCAGCAUGCUGGAGCCCGAGAGCCCCUCGCCAUCCUCUGAGUCCUGCUCGAAGGCUCACCUGCGCAGCAGCAGCAGCAGCGGGGAUCAGUCUUCGGACUCCCUCAACUCGCCCACCCUCCUGGCCCUCUGAGCAGGGGCAGUUAUGGUGAUUUUGUGGGGGAGGGUGAGCAGCGCCCCCCCUACUUGGCAGACAAAAAGCACACACAAACCUGGACCAAGCCAACCGUGAGCUGUGUUCUUGCCAUCAGGAACCCUCAAGGGCUAAGCCGCUUGUUUUUCUCAUACGCGUCAGUGACAUUAACUCGAAUAAAAUGUAUACCCAAAUGUGUUCCCCUGUACCAGCCAGUGUCAGCCCUUCAUUUCAACUCCAGCACCUCAAUUUGCUUGUUGAGCAAUAAACAGAUGACAUGGAGGUGAGAAAUGCCAGCAAAGCCAUUCAUAUGAGGGGCAAACUGUGGAAAGCAAGACAUUUUUAGAUCAACAUUAAGUAAAGCCAUCUGGUGACAGUUGCACUCUCCUACAAUCAAUUUACCAAUAAAUCAUUAAAUGAGAAAUCCUUUCCUGACAUCCCUCCUGUUUGAAGGAGGGAUACAGAGACAAUGGAGAGAUUUCAAAAGACAGUAUGUUCAUAAAUAUCUGACUAUUUCCAUAUCUACUUGUAUUUAUGGCGUGUGCUAAUAUUUUCUAAAUGUGUCCUUGCGUUCUGAUGUCUUCUGAUCUGCCUGUAGAACAGCAAAAAUGGUUCACUGGGUGAGCUGUAAAGCUGCAGUGUCUCAUAGGAAAAGAGCCAAUUUUUACUCAAUGCCUUGUUUGUCACCAGUCUAUUCCUAAAAUUGAUCAUAGUAUCAAUGGCCAUCGUGUUGAUGUUUUCCUCAGUAACGUACCUGAACUAUAUUAUGCAUUUAUUACAAGUUUGUGCGAUUUACAUUGUGAGGGAUUUCUCUUCUGUGUGGUGGUUGAAUAAAAUGUAUUUUAAGGCGCAGCAUUGGUUUAAAUGCUAGAGUGAUAUCUGAGGACUUCUACUUCUAAAAUGUCAUUCACCAAGACAGUUUGACCAUUGAGGUUAUUGUGAGCAACUCCUUAUACCCCCACUACUGAUGGAAAGUUCAACCAGACACUCGAGCUUGAUUGAAAGUUAUCCAUUUGUUUUGUAUCAGCAUUCUUUUCCUCUCGCCUGUAACAAACUCUGGCUUUGUCAGAAAAAGGGGAUUGGAUAUUGCCCAGUGAACUCAAUAUUCCCUUGCAAUGGGGUAGGUUUCGAAACCAAGAAAAGACAUCUGUAUAUCAUUUGUACUAAAGGAGUGGUCUGGUUGAACUUUUCAGAUGCUACUGUGGUGUGAAAACAUGGUAAUAGUAGUAACACUGGCUACAUAAUUUUGUAAUUUCAUCAUUAAUGUUCUUAUAAGGGGCAACACCGAUAUGUGUGCAGGUGACCCUAUAUCAACAAGCACAUUGUAACCUGUUCACUGGCCAUUGUGGCCAUUUCAGACCCAUAGCAAAAACAAUGCACUUUUCAAUUCCUUUUGACUGAUGGGACAAAUGAGAUUUUCUUUACAGCUGGCCUGAGGUGGAAGAGGAAUGUCUUGAGGAUAAUGGUGAAAGAACACUUGUGUGUUUUUUUUUAUGGGGCAGAGGGUUAAGGAUACCAAGCACUGAAAUGGAUAGAAUUGCAAUAUUUCAGACAUUGUUUACUUCAAACAUUCUUUACAUGGCCAGUGGGGUAAUGACCAUUGUGGUGAUCACAGGACAGAAGACGGACUGAAACAUUUGUUGUGCUGGGUGCAGCAAAUAAGAUGUAAAAAGCAGUGCUGCUGUUGUUGUGGACUAGUCGCAUCACUUAUUGAUCUUUGUUUGGAUGGUUAUAGUAUCACAUGAUGGCAUUUGGACAACUCAUCAUGCUUUGGGAUAAAUUGCAGACCAAGAAAAAAGAACAAAACGUAAUUGUCAGUUUCUUGUCUGUUCGAGUCUUGAGGCCCUAAAAACACAUAGGAAAGCCAUCAACUUGAGAUAUUCUACAGUACAUGUCUUCUGUUUUUGAAAACUAUUUCUUAUUUUUCCAAAUGCUUUAAUUGUUUUAAAAUGAAUCGAAACAAACAAAACAGCAAUGUGUCGCAAUGUUUGUUAAUUUCGUAAUUCAAUAAUAAAAAUUUCAACAAGGAA